GUCACGCACUCUGUCAGUGGAAGAGAGGAUUUCAAAAUCCAGCUGUAGCUCAAAGUGCUCGUCUCCCUGGGCAAAUCCAGCCAAGAUGUAUUUGGCUUUUUCCCCCAUUUACCGAUUCUUUCAUGUUUAUGACCUCUUUUGAACAUGUAAUGCUCUGCUAAGAUCUGAUAUCAGGACCCGUGAGGGAGUAGGUGAUGUGCUGAAGAAGACCAGAAGUUUUUCCACAACAGCUGAAGCACCUGCCUAUGACUCAUUUGAGGUACACAGACUACGCGUUCUGACAAAAUGACCAUGUUGCUCUAGUCCACUCUGGAUUUUUCCUUUUCUUUUUUUUUGCGCUAACUGGAACCAAAUAUUUGGGAUAUUUCAAAUAGAAUUCCGGGAUUUUGGAAUAACUCCUGAGAGCGAUAUCAUGACUUAGGUCAGCAUGCGCUGGGCUCAUUAUAAAUGCUAAACCACUCUUUGCUGGGAGCCACACAGUCUGUGGGAAUUAAACAAGAGAUGACUACUGUGUCAGUGGAGUCCCUGGUGGCGAUGGUGGAUAGGAUCCCUAAUGCUACUGAGACUCCAGUGGAGGCAUCUGCUGAAGAUAUGGCUGCUACCUUCACCAUCGGCACCAUCCUGUCCCUCGUGUGCCUUGUGGGUGUGUCAGGAAAUAUCUACACCCUGGUGGUCAUGUGCCACUCCAUGCGCUCUGCUGCUUCGAUGUACAUAUACAUUGUCAACCUGGCAAUGGCCGACCUUCUCUACCUGCUGACCAUUCCCUUCGUCGUGUGCACACACUUCUUAAAGGGCUGGUACUUUGGUGAUGUAGGGUGUAGGACUCUCAUUAGUAUGGACUUUCUCACCAUGCAUGCCAGCAUUUUCACUUUGACUGUGAUGAGCACAGAACGCUACUUUGCCGUGCUCAAGCCUCUGGACACAGUAAAACGUUCCAAGAGCUACCGUAAGGCCAUUGCUCUACUAGUGUGGACAGCCUCAUUGAUUCUAACCCUUCCCAUGAUCAUUGAUGUAGAGCUCAAGACAGAAAAUUCCAAGUUAAUGUGUCAGACCACGCUGAGCCCUCUUUCUUACAAGAUUUACAUCUCUUCACUGUUCUGCACUAGCAUUGUAGCUCCGGGGGUCAUAAUCGGCUACCUCUACAUUUGCCUCGCGCGCACUUACUGGAUCUCGCAGACGGAGACUUUUAAGCAGACUCAAAAGCUGCCUAAUCACAAAGUGCUGUACCUCAUCUUCACUAUUGUUCUCCUCUUCUGGGCCUGCUUUCUGCCUUUCUGGAUCUGGCAGCUCCUGGGCCAGUUCAAGCCAGAGAUGGUCUUGUCUACCAAGGCCAGACGCAACAUCAACUAUCUGACCACCUGCCUGACCUACAGCAACAGCUGCAUCAAUCCAUUCCUCUACACCCUUCUAACAAAGAACUACAAGGAAUACCUUCGGAAGAGGCAGAGGACCUGGACAGCCGGGAGCUAUUUCAACAGAAGGAACCGCUUCCAGCGGUCACCUCGCCGCUCGUUGUCCUCCAGCAGCCAGCAAUGCACAGAGAGCUUUGUGCUCACACACACAUCACGCAGCAACAACAGCAGUUUGUGAGGGUUCGAAGACUGGCUGCAACAGGAAGGCCAAGGCAGGCCAAGAUGACUGGCAUCUUCUUCCUCAGGAGGAAGGACAGAGGAAGAGGAGGAGAAUAGCCCAGAUGAAGAACAGAAGUUAAUGCAGGAAAAUUUCUCCCACCUUCAGAUCAUCACAUCUUCAGAUCUUCAGAUUCUACCCAACUUAGCAGUUAGUCGUGUGAAUGGCACCCAACAGUGAAUACGUCAGUUUCCCUCAGCUCAAAUUCAGGACUUAAUUAGUAGAGUACAAUCUCAAGUGCAAAGCAUGAGUGGCUUAAUAGUUCCCUUUUCUUUCAUUCUGUCCAUCAAACUCUGGACUCUAAGAUGAUUAAGUUUGAUAAAACGGCUGUGGCAAUUUUAAUAAUUUCAAUCUUCAUCCUUUCAAGGAUGUUUUCAGAAAAUAUCUGAGAUAAAUGUGGUGUUAGAUUGGAUAAUUACGAGGAAAGAAACAUAAGUAUCCUGAUAUUAAUGCGGAUUCCAGUUGUGCAAGGCCGCAUUUGUGUUUAGCAGGCAGGAGAAUCACAGAAGCAUCAUUUAAUUUCAUUCUAUUUGUCUAUCAUCUCUGCCUUAUUCAACAAAAUCAUGAAACGUUUUCUGUUUAACUGCAGGAGACAAUUACUGAACCUGGGUUCAUUUUCAAAGCUUUGAAUACUAUUACACAGACAUCAAAUUGCUGCAGACUGCAGAUGAGAGCAACACUGUGUCUUCUUCACUUUGCUGACCCCCGAAGGCCUGAGGCUGACAGCAGCUGAGUGCGCCGCUGAUGUCUGAACUGACCCCGCAUCAGUAUUCUAUCCACAUUUCAUCUUGAACCCUUCAGAGAGAGACCAUGAUGAAGACUGCUCACUUUCUUAAAACGUUUGCCAGCGUGGGUCCAAGCAAAACAUUACCACAAACAUCAGUGGGGUGACCAACAGCCAACUGUGACUUGUGUGUCUGCUUAUAUUAUAAUUAACACAACUCUUUUACGCAUUUAGAUGAAUAUAUGUAUUAAAAUCUUGACAAGGUUUCUUGUUUUUUGAGAGAUGUGAUGUGCUCUGUUGUAAUUUUCAUGAAGAGAGCAUGAAUUCUUUGAUUUGUGUCAAUUCAAAAAAAGAAAAAACAGUCAAUGUCUGUGGAUUUGUUUGUAAAUAUUGUGGUAUUUCGUUGUUAUCAUUAACACACAUUGUUUUGCACUAAAGCAAGCAACCUCUAUCGAUGUCCUACAAAAUGUUACAAAAUAAAAAGUUCUAAGUUGCUCAUUUUCCCACAGCUCAUUAUGCUCUUCAACUUCAAGCAGUGAUUGAAGAAUUUUACUUCCUCUUGUGUGUAAAUCAGAAAUCAGACAGAGUGUUCUAUAAAACAAAAGGUGCUUCUUUUCAAGACUGAUUUCAUUUCCUCACCGGAGCACCGUCAGACUCCAAAUGACUUUAACAGGCCACAUACUGGUCUGCUUUUUAACAUGUUAAUUCAUUUCUAAUGAAAACAUAUUCAUGGUAGACACAUAUUUUGGAUUGGGGUCCAGAGCGCAAACUGAAUAAGCCUGCUUUUCCUAUUAGGUUUACGUGAAUCGGACGGGCAGUGCUGACACUGUAAAUACAUCUUUUUCAAUAAAACUUUACAUUUUGCGCAGGCUACACAUGCACA